GUCCUAUAUCUGCGUGCCUACUUCUGCCACAGUAUCUCCGAUUAAACCUAAACUAAUAAAAGCCGCCCGAGAUAGUAAGGCACAUUAUCUCCUUGAAUGACAAUCUAGUAGAUCCGUCCGGCCCAUCUUAUUGUCAUGUUCUCCCGCUACCCGUCAUGGCCGCGGGCUACCGUCACGGCCUUUUUCGCGCAUUUUUGACAUUUUCCCCCGUCGUCUUUUGAGUUUUUCGCGGAUCCGUGACGCAGCACAUCCGUGCCUGGAAGCUUCUUUCAGUUUUCCUCGAGUUUAGUUCGAUUUUUAGUAGUUUUCACAAUGAAGAAAGAAGUGAAGGAGAAAUCUGGCGAUCCCGGCUGGGUGGAGUUUUGCCAAAGGAUGAACAUAAAUCCCAACCUGGUCAUGUUGAAAGUUACGCUCUUUGUCAUGUACGGAGCCAGCGCAUCUCUAGUCCCUUUCUUAACGAUUCACAUGCAGAGUAUCGGCCUUACCGUUGAAGAAAUUGCGGUUGUUUACUUAGCUUUGCCUUUAACUACGUUCCUAGCACCUCCUGUCACAGGAUUUUUGGUGGAUAAAUUUGGGCAUUAUAAACCGGUGCUAAUAAUCUCACUAGUUCUUAACGUUGUCUUUCAUCACGCUUUGAUGCUGAUUCCCCAGAUGGAAACACCAGGAGAGAUGCCGUCCGCUUACGUGAUGAGACAUCCAACUACCGGUAAAGUUGAGGUGUGGUGGAGUCCAUGCCCGAGUCGGGAGUGCCCCGAAGAGGAAGAACUUAACAUGGUUUUGGAUGAUUGCAUCGACUAUUGCAGCGUCAAACCGCCCGAAAGCACGCCCCCUCCCUCCUGGUUCAAAGGAAUCGAAAAAAGUAUUGCAUACAGGCCGCCGACGCUUCUUGGUCACUCGGAAUGUUCCUGUCCGAAAAGCAAAUACAGCGAAACUGGAGAUGUGAUGGCAGAGAGAGGGUCCUCGAGUAACAAUGAUCAUCGAAUUCAAUUUCUAUUCGGGAAACCACAAGGCCAUAAAAACGCGACAAAGCCCAAUAAACAACCGAUUAAAAAGAAAAACGGGAAGAAUGGGAACAGUACAACUAUAAUUUCUCCAGGUGGAAAUGGGACUGCGGCAGGUCACGGAGCAAACGAAACCCAUAGCACCGCAGCUCCGACCGUCAUCAGCGAGACAGCUGCAUCAGCUGCAUCGGCUGCAUCAGCUGCAUCGGCUGCAUCAGCUGCGUCGGCUGCAUCACCUCCUGUGCAGAACGUAACGAAGCAAGAGGAGGACCACUCAACCUAUUUUCUCCUGGGCAUGCAUCCCGAUUUGAUGACAGCUAGUGAACAGUUAGGUAUGGAGCUUCCGGAACCGGAGGACAGCAGCGAGGUGACGGAUUUCCGGCAGCAUUUCAGCGAAGAACUCCUGACCAUGGCCGGGGUCAACUACACCGCUCUCGAGGAGGCCGACCUUCGGUGCGGCGGCAGGGUCAUCGCCACGAAUCUCACCAUCAACCGCCUCAAGGAGAUGGCCGCCGACUGCAUGCUUCAGAAGUGUGACUUCAGGGCAGGCGGUCCAGAAGUGUGUCCUCCUGAUUACAAAGAGUCCGACGACCGGGUGUUCUGGCUCUACUUCGCCCUCCGCUUCAUCGGCAACACCAUGCACCUGGCAUCCGUCACCAUCAUGGACCCGAUCGCCCUCCAGAUGAUUCAGCAGCAUGGAGGAGAAUUCGGCAGGGAGCGCCUCUUCUCCACCGUUGGAAUGGCAAUUUUCUCCCCUCUAACAGGCUUGCUCAUUGAUCAGAGGAGUCGCUGGCUGGGUUACACGGAUUACUCGAGUGCGUUCUGGUCGUACGACGCUUUGCUGUGCAUUUCGAUUGUGACGGUGAUGUUGAUGCCUCUCGGGGUCAAAGUGCCCGCGGACAACAUCAUGCAGGACAUGAUCCGACUCAUCCGCUUCCCACACGUCAUCACCUUCAUCUUCUUCCUCUUCGCCCUCGGCAACUGCUGGGGCUUCAUCGAGUCCUUCUUGUUCCUCUACCUCAAGGAGCUCGGAGCACCCAACUAUCUACUUGGUAUUACAGUUUCGGUUGGUACAAUUAGCAGUAUCCCAUUCCUUUACGGAGCUGAAAAAAUUACGAAAAGGUUUGGACAUGUCAACAUAAUCGUCAUCGCAUUUUUCUCUCAUGCGGUCAGGCUGAUGGGUUAUUCUUUCAUCGAGAAUCCAUGGUGGGUCUUUCCAUUCGAGGCCAUCGAGGCCUUGGCUGUUCACCUCAUGUGGGUAGCUGCUGCGACUUACUGCGCCAUUUUGGCACCCAAGAACCUACUUGCAACUUUGAUUGGAGUUCUCGGAAUGGCGCAUUUCAGUUUAGGACGAGGAAGUGGAAGUUUUGUCGGUGGUCUGCUAAUAGGUACUGUGGGAACACGCAAAUCUUUCCGUAUCAUGGGCCUUUUAUCCAUAACAAGCGGAGUGAUUUACGGAGUGCUUCACUGCUUGUGGCUUCACAAAUUUGACGUGACAAAAACAAACAAAGAGGACCAAAAAGAUUCGAACGAGGUUGAAAAAUUGAACGGCGAUGUGCAGACGGAGGAAGAGGAGGAGAAAGCACGGGUGAGCCUGAUGAUCAAAUUCAACCACCGCGGUUCCCUUUCGUCGUUGGACAGGGACAAGAUGUACUCGAGUCUGAGCAGGCGGAGCAGCGCCAACAUCGAGCUCAACAGCAAGACGCUGCCGCCAAUCAUGAAGAACUCCUCCAAGCCGGAGUCUAUCAACGCCCUCAUAGAAACCUACAAUCUCCAGAAGAAGUCUCCGCUACAGAUUUCCAGGAAAAUCAGCAAGGUUCAUGAAGAGAACGAGGUCCUUGCUGCUGAAACAAAUUCUCAACUAUCUCUGAAUCUAACUCAUAGUAAUAGCACUACCCCAGUGCCUCAGCUCCUGGUAGAUGAAUCUCGGCCUCGCAGCGAUUCAAUUCAAGAAGAAUGAGAGGAAUACUUCAGGGAGACCAUUUAAAAACUCUACGAAUUCAACAAGAACUCAGGAACUUAGGGUUAACCAAAGCAUUAGAGCUCCGAUCACUUCUGCUGCCUAGAACACUGUAAUAAUUUUUGGUUGAUGUGAACUAGCAGGUUUCUUCCAUAGACACAUACGAACUGAAUCGAAGACUCAAAGGAUAAUGCACAUUGCACAUGGGUGACUGAUCCUUUAAUUGGAAUAACUGUAAAAAUAAAAACAAAAAUUACUUGGGGGUUGAUGAUGACUUUCCAGCAUUGAAACGGAAAGGAGAGAGAGCGUUUUUGAUUGGAAAACUAGGUUAAUUUGGAGAAAUCAGACAAGAGGUACCUAUCCUUCUUGGAGGACUAAAAAGCUUUGAAUAAAUGAUUGGCAUUCAAUUUUGCACAUUAACACAAGGAUGGAUGAAAGGAAAACACUUUAAUUAUUGUUGUCUCUGUAAAUACACAACUUAAAUUUGAACUAUGAGUUUAAUAAAACUUGACCAGUAAAAAUGAA